CACAUAACCUACUUUAUUUGUUUAUGUUGUGUUGUCAAUUUAUUGUCAAUUCAGUUCACACUAACGUCAAUUUUGAUAUUGACCAUGUUAAUGAAAUGUAAUUCAAUUUAUUGGACACCUUAGUACAUUUUUUCAUACUAUAAAAUAAGAAAAAUGGCGGAUUUAAAGAAAGAUUUGGAUGAGUAUUUGCUCUUACAGAGCGAUAAAAAAAAGACCUUCAAGUUGGACAUGCCAGCAAUACAAAAACCCAAUAUAUCCAGUUGGUUUAAAAAAGAAGAAACUGAGGAAGGUAGCUCUUGGUAUCAGGAGUCGAAAAGAGAAUGUUGCCCUAGUCUUUCGAGAUUUCAACGAAUAGUACUAUUUGGAUUGUGUCUUGGCAUGGGAUUGCUAUGUUUUUCCCUAUCUCUGAUGUACAUUCCAGUUCUUCUGUUCAAAGCUAGAAAGUUUUCUCUUCUUUUCACCUUGGGGAGUACAUUUUUCGUUUUGAGUUUCUUUUUUCUGUUUGGGCCCCUGGCUUUCCUGAAGGGUAUGUUUGCCAAGGAAAGGCUUUUUCUGACAAUGACUUAUGGAGGAACACUAGUUGCUACUUUAUAUUGCGCUUUGCACCUGCAAAGCACCCCUUUCACUGUGCUGUUUGCCAUCGGCCAGAUAAUUUCAUUACUUUGGACUGUGAUAGCCAGUAUACCUGGCGGUACUGCCGGACUUUCAUUUUUCUCAAAAAUGUUUUCAAGAUCUGUCAGCAGUAGUACUUUACCUAUUUAGUGCUAUCGUUUUCAUCUACUUUUGUUAUUUUAUGCCAUUUCAUUAUCAGUUGUCAAAGACUCGCACUGCAUUAUUAUUACCAUCAUCAAAAGCAAUUCUGUUUCAUAUAUUUACUAAACAUGUAAGAUAUUUAG